CUCGUUCUAUAAACCCAUCACCAAAACAAAGCAGUUUCCCCUCAAUCUUUCUUUCUUUGUUUCUUCCUCUGUUUUUUUCAGAAUGGAAAAUCGCCUGAACGGAACGGCACCCAUGUCACCGGCAGCCACAACUUUUGUCCAAGCAGACGCAACUACCUUUAGGGAUUUAGUCCAGAGGCUGACCGGUUUAGCCAGCGACUCUGAGAGGCUUCCCCUGACUCUUCCCUCAAGAACCUGGUCUAAACCCCUUCUUCCCGGAGGCGACACAACCGGGCCGCGGAGAUCACCUUUCAAACUCCAGGAGCGAAGGCAGCAAACCCUGAGGAAGCUAGAGAUCAAGAUGGGUCUAACCUCCCUCCACGAUUCAUCGCCACCGAUGACUACCCCGUGUCGAUUCGAGUCGACUACUCCUAGUCCGGUGACUCCGUUAUCGGAGUCUCUGUUUUUCCCGAGUUCCGGGACAGAAUCUCCGUCCACCCCCGCGGUGUCGGAGGAGGAGAAAGGGAUUGCAGAGAAAGGGUUUUACUUGCAUCCAUCUCCAUUGAAUACGCCAAGAGGAAGUGACCCACCGGAGCUCCUGACCCUGUUUCCUCUGAGCUCGCCGCGCCAGGAAACUCCACCGUAAAUAUCUAAGACUAGCAAGUAGAACUUUUUACGUUGUUAAUUAAGUUUGGAUGAUUUGCUAUCCAAAUCAUCAUACAAGGUUGAUAGUUUUUUUUUACCUUUUUUCUUUCCUCUGUGAUAGAGAUGAAAUUUUCUUGAUGAUCAUAAUGGUUAAAAAUAUUUCUAUCUUGAGAUGUUAAAAUCAUUUGCAUGUGUGAUGAAUAUAUUAUGGGAUUAAUU